AAACAAUCUCUCUUCUGCUGUUAUUCACAGGUAGUGACCAGGGUCUAUUGCAGAGAUGUCUAAAAGUCAACACGUUUUUGCCGGUCUGUUGAUCCUAUUGCCGUGGGUAUUGCUCCUCAAUGUUUGGUACUUCGGCCCCGUCUAUCUGCAAAUUAGACAAAAAGGAUACAUAAGAGAUGGUGAAUACCAGAAUCAGCCGAUAAUCUACGCCAUCACGCCUACCUACCGUCGAGCAGUGCAGAAGGCCGAUCUGACUCGUCUCGCCAACACCUUUCUCAAUGUGGUCAACCUGCAUUGGAUCGUGGUGGAGGACUCGCAGAACAGGACGGCUCUGGUCAGUCGUCUCCUUCAGACGACUGGACUCCCCUACACCCACCUCAAUGUGCCGUCACCUACGACAUUCAAAACCAAUGGAAAGGGUACCUUACAAAGAAACAAGGCCUUGGAAUGGUUGCGGGAGACCUUCAACGUGGACGACACCCAUCUUGGCGUGGUCUAUUUUGCAGACGAUGACAACACUUACAGCCUGCAACUGUUUGAUGAGAUGCGAUUGACCACAAAAGUCUCAGUAUGGCCCGUCGCAUUUGCGGGAGGCGUUCGUUACGAGUCCCCCAAAGUAAACGCCAUGGGUAAAGUGGACGGCUGGAACGUUUCAUAUGAUCCUCAUCGACCCUUUGCCAUUGACAUGGCUGGAUUUGCAGUCAACCUGCAUCUCAUCCUGUCAAAACCUUCGGCUAAUUUCGAGCUGCUAGCGAAGGGAGGACGCCAGGAGAGCAGCCUACUAACCCAACUAGUCUCCCUUGACGACUUGGAGCCCAAAGCGCAAAACUGCACCAAGGUCUUAGUGUGGCACACCCGCACACAAAAGCCAAACCUGGCAGGCGAGGUCGGGAAAGGAUUUACAGACCCUAAUAUGGAGACAUGACAUCCACUACCAGAAAAAGGUCAUUUGCUAAGUAUCUGUAUUAUAUUAUAUUAUUAUAUUUACCCUGGAACCUGCUAAGUUUCUCCUGCUUAUGUUGACAACUAUUGAGCUCAACUAGGGACACAAGUUUUGUUCUUGAAAAAAAUCAACUU